AUGGCCCAGGAUUUCAUGACUGCUCGGGAAAAUUUCGAGGCAAAUGUCAGGCGGUUUUCCCGGGCUGUUCCAGGGUAUGACCAACUGUGCCGUGGGAUAGAAGGUGAUGUGAAAGUCUCAUGCAUCGAUUUCGCUGGUGAAGGAUACGGUCGACCGACCCAGUUGACCAACGACCACACUCUUGCUGAUCCGCAGAUGUUGCAUCAGUGGUUAACUGGAGGUUUGCAGGAUACAACUACUCGAUAUAUCGUAGUAGAAGAUCUUGACACCAGCGUUUGUUAUACGCUGGGAGCGGCCUUCGACAUAGAACCGCAGUUCUUCCUGGACCACAUGAACAACCAGCUCUCGAUGUUUUCUCCAUCAGAACGCGACCAUCGCAUCCAAUGGAAUACCUGGAAUCUCUCGCGCCAGUACAUGUCAUUCCACUGGUACCGACCUGUUUCCCGAUCCACGGCCUCUAGAAAUGCCGACAGACGCAAGGAGAUCGACAGGCGGUAUGCGCGAGUCUUGCACAUCGGUUCCAAAGUCAAUGAACUAGGAGAAGAUAUAGAUAUCUAUGCUAUUAGCCUGGUGCGUGCGGUGUCGAGUAUUCUCCGUCCUGAAUGGGACCUGUCUACGUUUAAUACGGCCACCAAUGGUCUCGCUGCAAUCGAAGAACGCGUCUCAAUAUACCAGACAACAGUAAAAGAUCGCCAGUAUUAUAUCGUCUUAACUGACGCGAUUCCCAGCGCACGCAAAGCAACUUGGAAACAUUAUGGCAGCGAGCCGGAGAACCGCUAUAUCCACCCCGACGACGCAGAGCUCGAAACAGUAGACCUUUAUGACACUCUGAUUCCUCGCUUUACCCCGGCUAUCACCGCUAGGACCAUUACCAACCUAGACAACGCGCAAUUAAGAGAAACCUAUCAGACCAUGCCCUCGACCAUGCAAUCCCUUUUGAACAACUCAAAUCCUGCAAACCAAACAGGUACCACAAACCCCGGGCCUUGCAAUCAUCUGCCGUUUGCCCAUCUUUUCAGCAUCGUCAUCUCCGAUACCUUGGGUCUCCUCCAUCUCCUAGACGCUGUUCAGCGUGACAUCGUGGAGACUACAGCAUCUCAGGACACCCAGAUUGCCCAUAUUCUCAGCAAAAGAACAAGUCUUGCUACACUACACGCGCAGCUACCAAUACUAAGCAGAGAUCUCCAGAAGACCCUGAAGGAACUAGCUAGCCGAGGAAAAUACGAGACGUCGCAGGAUGACAGUAUUAAAAGUCUAGGAAUAGACUUUGAGAAGACAAUUCAGGGCGUCAAGGAAGCUUCAAAUGCAAUCACGGGCACCCUACAGUUCAUAGAGAGCCACCGCGCCAUCCUCGAAGCCGAGAACGUUACACGCCUGACUGAGCUCGCCUUUCUUUUUAUCCCACUAUCAUUUGCCGCAUCGCUAUUCUCCAUGCAGGUUCAACCACUCUCCAAUCCGGUACCCGUCGGCCAUUUUGUCGCCUUCGCCAUAUCGCUGAGCACGGCUACUUAUGCUCUCCGCCUCCUCGCACGGAGCGCAUGGAUAAGUCGACAGAAGAAAGCCAUUCUGGACUCAAUUCGUGACCGCAGCUCUAUCUCACCCGGUGCGCCGAUUCCAAACACCGCCAUCUUUGCUUGGGUUUAUGCUCGAACGGGGCCGGCAAUAGGUCUGAUAUUAGCUGUUGGGGGGUUCCUGACCCCUCUAGUUGUUGUCAUCUGGAUACGCGAGCUGGAUGUGGGGCUUAAGAUUGCACUGACUCUCUUGUUUAUUGUUUUCAUGUCGUUUAUCGUUGCGGUGGCGUUUCUGGCAUCGCCCAGUCUGCGCAGAAAACUGCGGCAAGGGAUGCACGUUGGAUGGUAUAAUCUUGCAGAUGGUGCGCAGCAGGAUGAAAGAGAACCGCUGCAGGAAAGAUUUAUGAAGUGGACAGUAGGGACGAAGUAG